GUUUUGGAAAAAUAAAAAAUGGGCAAUUCAAACGGCUGCACCGUGGACGACCUGCAGGCUGUGGAGAUGCACCUGUGGUACAAGAAGUUCAUGACUGAGUGCCCCUCAGGGCAGCUCACCCUGCACGAGUUCAAGCAGUUCUUCGGGCUGAGAGGUUUGGACCCAGAGGCCAAUGCCUACAUCGAGCAGAUGUUUCGCACGUUUGACAUGAACAAGGACGGCUACAUAGACUUCAUGGAGUACGUGGCCGCUCUGAGUCUGGUGAUGCGGGGAAAGAUGGAGCACAAGCUGCGCUGGUAUUUCAAACUCUAUGAUGUGGAUGGGAACGGCUGCAUUGACCGCCACGAGCUUCUGAACAUCAUCAAGGCCAUCCGUGCAAUCAAUGGAAAUGAAAAUCAGGAAACAUCUGCGGAGGAGUUCACUAACCGAGUGUUUGACAGGAUUGAUAUAAAUGGAGAUGGGGAGCUUUCCCUGGAGGAGUUUGUGGCGGGUGCUCGCAGCGAUGAAGACUUCAUGGAGGUGAUGAUGAAGAGUCUGGAUCUCGCCCACAUCGUGGCCAUGAUCCACAACCGGAGGCGAAGCGUUUAGGAUCCGUCCCUUCUGAUUACCUCAUCCUCAUUCACGAUUUGACCUGAGUGUCUCAGUCAGUCGGGUUAUUUUAUAGCCUGAGAUUUCUAUUAAGAUUGAAUCCACUUUAAUAUGAUUCCAGUGUGUCUUGGAGACUGACACAUAUCUUAUGUUUGAUCUCUAAAGGAGUGACACAUACGCACUUUAAAUGGGAUGACUCAGUCAGCCUUUGCAGACUGCUCAUUGUCCUUGUUUAAUGAUGGCGAUCGCUCCCAAGGCCACCUCGGCAUGAGGGAUGAUCUCUCAGACGGUCCACUUACCCUCAGACACCCUGAGGCAUAAAGGAGGGAGAUAGUGGAGUAGCAGAGUGGCAAUUACAUACACUCGACUAGGCUUUCCAAAUCUUUUUUUUUUUUAAAUAUUUCUGAGUUCCUCUGCACCAAAUUACUCAAAUCUCUAUUUACCCGCUCUUGCCUGGGGGGUUUACAGGAGGGAGCUAUGACACUGCAGUGUGCUCAACAUCCAUGCUAAUUUGAUUAAGUCGGUGGCUGUAAAACAGGAGCAGGUGGGAGAUGUGGCAGUGAAAAAACAGUUAUCAAAUGUUUACCUUUUAUAUACAUUUGUUACUUUAUUUUUUAAUCUUUUGAAAACAAAAGUUUAAGUUGGAGCGAAACGCAGGCUUGUGGUUUUGCAGCUUUUCUGUGUGUGUGUGGGAGUUUC